UCUAUAUUCAAUCCACCAUCACCAGCUUUCCUUUCUUUGUUUCAAAUCUCAGCUGGCUACGCCCCGUCUCUCUGUAAAUAGCUUUUCCAACAACCAAGCAGUCUGUGCUGACACAAAACGAGUGCAAGAGUAAAACAACGGAUCUGAACUUGCAGGAGAGAUAGAGAUAGAGAAGAGGAAAUGGAGGGAGCAGAAAGGCAGGGAAGGUGGAAGAAUCUGAAGCAACGGCUGAGAUUUAAGGGCAUUGGGUGUUGUGGGAGUUCGUGGAGUUACAAUGCCUCCAGCAUGAGCAUUUUAGAAGAAAUCCACCAUGAAGAAGAAGAAGAAUUGAUCAUCGGCGUGCGUCCGAUUUCGGCCACCAACCGCCGAAGUUCAGCUUACGUGAGUCAGAUUCCGGCAGCGUCGGGAAUGAACUUAGCGUCGGCGUUAGCAGCGGAGCGUAAAUCGCGGACUGUGGGUCCCACCACAGCCGCUGAGACUGCAGUGCCUCUGAAGACGUUGAUGAGACUGAUUGAAGAAACGGACGGUGUAGAUUUGAUGAAGAAUAGAGACAAAGAGGGAGGAGGCGAUGGUGUGUGCUGCGUGUGCAUGGAGAGGAAUAAAGGCGCGGCUUUUAUCCCAUGUGGGCACACCUUCUGCAGGGUUUGUUCCAGGGAGUUGUGGCUUAAUCGAGGGUGCUGUCCUAUUUGCAACCGUUCGAUUCUCGAGAUUCUUGAUAUCUUUUAGAUCAUUUUGUGUUGGAUUAAUGAAACAUUCUUUGAUCGGAAAGGCGUAAAAAAAGGCCGAGAUGGGCCGGGAGGAAGAAGGUGAACCGUCCGAUUUAUCUGAAUAUGGAACCGUAGUGGAACAUCGAUGCUGUAUUACAUGACUUUUGGGUCAAAAUGGCCCUUUGGUAUAAAAAAAUAUUGGAUGUGACCUUUUUUGAAACGAA